CGGGGCCAAGUAAGCUUUUGGGAAGCCGCGAAUUGUCAGCGAGAAGUGGAUCGUUGUAGUCCGCCUGAGUGGUUGAGGAAGAUGUGUAAUUCUCAGCGAAGGAAUGACCGUGGUAAAAAGAUUUCACUAAGGCCGUAAAGGAUUUAGUGGCAAGAGAAUUUAAGUCCUCACAAGCAGAAAGAAGUCGGGCGUGCGUUUGAAGGCCGAUCUUCCGGGAUUUGUGCCUUGCACUUUCCUUCCAGACCCGGUGAAACUUCAGCCUGGGUAGGCAGAGGUCAGGAGUGCCCCCCAAGAUGGAAGUGAAUCCCCCCAAACAGGAGCACCUGCUGGCGCUAAAAGUGAUGCGAUUGACUAAACCUACUUUGUUCACCAAUAUUCCUGUAACGUGUGAAGAGAAGGACUUACCUGGUGAUCUUUUUAACCAGUUAAUGAAAGAUGAUCCUUCAACUGUAAAUGGUGCAGAGAUUUUAAUGUUGGGAGAAAUGUUGACUUUACCCCAAAAUUUUGGGAAUAUAUUUUUGGGAGAGACCUUUUCCAGUUAUAUCAGUGUUCAUAAUGACAGCAAUCAAGUUGUAAAAGACAUAUUGGUGAAGGCGGAUCUCCAGACGAGUUCUCAGCGUUUAAACCUUUCAGCCUCCAAUGCUGCUGUGACUGAACUUAAACCUGACUGCUGUAUUGAUGAUGUCAUACACCAUGAAGUAAAGGAAAUUGGGACGCACAUCUUGGUGUGUGCUGUGAGUUACACAACUCAGGGUGGAGAAAAAAUGUACUUUAGGAAAUUCUUCAAAUUUCAGGUUCUCAAACCAUUGGAUGUGAAAACCAAAUUUUACAACGCAGAGAGUGACCUCAGUUCUGUGACUGAUGAAGUAUUUCUUGAAGCCCAAAUUCAGAAUAUUACAACCUCACCAAUGUUUAUGGAGAAAGUUUCACUAGAGCCAUCAAUAAUGUACAAUGUAACAGAGUUAAACUCGGUGACCCAGGCUGGAGAAUGUGUAUCUACAUUUGGGUCCAGAGGAUAUUUGCAGCCAAUGGAUACACGCCAAUACUUGUACUGCCUAAAGCCCAAGAAGGAAUUUGCAGAAAAAGCCGGCAUCAUUAAGGGAGUGACAGUAAUUGGGAAACUGGAUAUAGUGUGGAAAACAAAUCUAGGUGAAAGGGGACGGUUACAGACCAGCCAGCUUCAAAGGAUGGCUCCAGGUUAUGGAGAUGUUAGGCUGUCUUUAGAGGCCAUCCCAGACACCGUAACCCUAGAAGAACCUUUCCAUAUUACCUGUAAAAUCACAAACUGCAGUGAGAGGACGAUGGACCUCGUGCUGGAGAUGUGCAACACCAACUCCAUCCACUGGUGUGGGAUCUCAGGACGACAGCUGGGGAAGCUGCACCCCAGCUCCUCGCUCUGCCUGGCCCUGACACUCCUGUCCUCGGUACAGGGGCUCCAGAGUGUCUCUGGCUUAAGACUCACUGAUACAUUUCUAAAGAGAACAUACGAGUAUGAUGACAUCGCGCAAGUCUGCGUGGUCUCAGCAGCCGUGGAAGUGGAAGCCUAAAGAAAAUCCCUAAUGUCAGACUUCUUGUUUAAUCACAUAAGUGCUCUCUGUAUUUCGUCAGCUUUGUGCAACCACCAGUAGUGAAAAUAAGUACAUGUUAUUUAAAUUUGUUUCCUGUAAAACAGUUAAAUUUUAAAUGUUUGUUGUAAAUACACUAGUUUUAUCUUUUGAAUUAUAUUCUAAAGGAACAAAACAUUUCUUUAUUUUCCGUAUGUAUUUUGUGUCCUUUAAGAUAGCUGUCAUGUUUUUGUUUUCAACAAGCUCAUCUUUGAGGCUUUUUGUCUAACAAGUAUAUAAGUCAGCAAACCUUCUGUAAAGGGCUGGGUAUCAGGUGUCUUAUGCUCUGUGGACAGAUGAGUUCUGCCAUCUGAGCAGGCUAGCAGGUAUGUCCAUGAUUGAUGGCACCUGCUUGCUAAGGUCCCUAGGCUACACACUAACUCUGCUGGAAGACACCAUUUGGUUUAGGAUUAUCGAAUUUCCAUAAUACUUGAUGUAGAAAGUUAGUUGAACUAAUCAUAGUCAACUGCGGUCUCUUUCCUAGGUGUUUAGUCAAUAAAGAGAGGCCUGUGUAAAACAAUUCAGGCCCCUUCCUGCAGCCUGAUUAUUUCCUAACUCAUACAGGAGAAACAUUUUAGUUGUUUUCAAAAUCGUUGUAUGGUUGCCUGUCUGUCUUAGUGUACACAUACCAACACACAUUAACAGACACUCAAAAAAAGUAAAAAUAAAAUAAAAAAAGAAGACAGAGUCAAUAGGGGUGAGGUGACAAAUGGUAGCAAACAAAAUAAAACAAAAAGCACUGGGAAAGAUCUCUCCUGUCACUUGAGGGGAGGUGGGGCACAAUGAAGGUAGUUUUCAGCAAGUAUCAUAAAACAUUAGUUCAUGUCAAAAAAGGUUUUAAACAACUGUGAAAUGCUGAAAAGAAGAACAUCUUGACAGUGGCUGGUAGAAAAAAAUGUGGUAAGUAGAAAGAAAAUGCCCCCUAUGGGCUCACAAAGAGCAGCACUACUAGGAGGUGUAUUUGUGGGAGUAGGUGUGGUGGCCUGCCUCUUUCUCUUCCUACUGCCUGCCAAUUCCAGAUAAAGAACUGUGGACUACCUCUCCAGCACCAGGUCUGCUGCCUGUGUGUCACACUGCUUCCCACCAUGAUAAUGGACUAAACCUCUGAACUGUAAGCCACCAUUAAUUAAAUGUUUUCCUUUUUUCUAAGGAAAAAAAAAUAACUAGACACUCAAGAGCAGGUCAGGAUUGAUUGACUCAGUUAGCUUUUAACAAUGUUAGUAAUUAUUUCUCUUUAACCUAAAGACUCCUGGGGGGUUCCCUACUGAAGAAUGAAGAGCUUAUUUUCAUAUUAUACAUUAAAUGAUUCCAACUUCACAUCUGAUUUUUAACUCUCUAUCAUGUACUAAUAUAAAAGAUUUCUUUGUCCAUUUAAUCACAACCAUUCGUGGGCUAGAGAGAUGGUGAUGACCUCUUCUGGUGUGUAUGCAGACAGCAACAGUGUACCUACAUACAUGAAAUAAAAAAAUAAAAAGUUCUAAAAAUAUAUCUAACUCUUUACAAUGGAGGAUUGCAUUAAGUCAAAGACAAGACCUGUUUUCUUAAAUGCAUAAUUAUUUAUUGCCAUGACAAACUGUUUGGUCCAAAAUGAAAGGUGUAUUCAGAAGUCUUUCCCCUCACAUACAUUAGUCAUGAUUGAUGAAUGUCUGUGCAAAACAAAAUAUAAGCAGUGAGAACUGAGGUCCAUUCCUUUAGGAUGACAGACUGGUCAAGUUGUAUUUAUCAGCAUCCUCUUAUGACUGAACCACUGUUUCAUUCCGUCAGAAUGUAUAACUUAUUCUGCUAUAUUCUUUGAGUUACAAAGUCUCUUCUGUGUAUAAACAACAUAGCUGUGUACUGUUCAUACUUUAAAUAAAGGACAGAUA